AGGGUUGGACUAUGUAUCCUUGAUGCUCAACCUGAGCGUGAGGCUCAAGGAGCUGGAGUCUGUCGGUCGCCCCUGUCCGGCUCGAAGAGCUCAUCCUUGACAAAAUGUCUGACACAGAAGAAGUCGUGGAGGAGGAAGUUCAGGAGGAAGAAGCACAAGAGGAGGCAACAGAUGAAUCAAAGCCCAAACCCAAGUUUAUGUCAAAUAUUACGGCCCCGAAGAUCCCCGAUGGAGACAAGGUGGACUUUGAUGACAUCCACAGGAAGCGUCAGGAGAAGGAUCUGUCUGAGCUGCAGUCUCUGAUCGAGGCUCACUUCAUCCAGAGGAAGAAAGAGGAGGAGGAGCUCAUCGCCCUCGUCAACAGGAUCGAGAAGCGUCGUGCGGAGAGGGCCGAGCAGCAGAGGAUCCGAGCGGAGAGGGAGAAGGAGCGGCAGGCCAGGCUGGCGGAGGAGAAGGAGCGCAAGGAGAUGGAGGAGCAGCGCAAGAAGCACGAUGAAGACGCCAAGAAGAAGAAAGCUCUGUCAAACAUGUCCCAGCAGUACAGCGCUGGACAGAAGAGCGAGAACAGACGAGGAGCCAAGAAACAAACUGAGAGGGAGAAGAAGAAGAAGAUCCUGGCCGAGCGCAGGAAGCCUCUCAACAUCGACCACCUGAACGAGGACAAACUCAAGGAGAAGGCCGGCGAGCUGUGGCAGUGGCUCAUGUCGCUGGAGGCCGAGAAGUUUGACCUCGGCGAGAAACUCAAGAGACAGAAAUACGAUAUUAACCAGCUCCUCGCUCGAGUCCAGGACCACCAGAGCGCCAAAGGCCGCGGGAAGGGCAAAAUGGGCGGCCGGCUGAGGUAAAGCCACGCGGAGAGGGCGUGAAAGCAGCCCGGGGCAGCGGCGGCGGCAGACCCGCCUGGCGACUCGUCUUCAUUGUUCUGUUGUGUUGGGU